GCUGUUGGUUUUCUUGUCGCCAAUAUGUUAAUUUUGACGUUCAUGACUUGAUCUCACGUUCGCAGUGACUCGUACGGUAGCCACAGCGCCAGCGUUUAAUUACACAUUUACAGUGAAAAUAUUUUUUGGGGAUAACAUUGAAAUCGCAAGCAAGAUCAGUGAACCAUCCAGCCACAGGAAUAUGGCUCCAAGACCUGGGUUCAGUGAUAAGAAGAACGAUACAUGCUGCGAAAGUGAAGGCACUGUCUAUGUACAUAACCCACAUCUGGAUGGGAUGAAAGAGGACAUUCUGUACCAUUUUAACCUUGGGACCUCUACUCAUGACUUGCCAGCAAUGUUUGGAGACGUCAAGUUUGUCUGUGUGGGGGGCAGUCCGUGGAGAAUGAAGUCCUUCAUAGAGUACAUUGCUGGAGAGCUGGGUCUGGAGAAUGCCAAGUCUGAGUACCCCAACAUCUGCGCUGGGACUGACCGCUACGCCAUGUACAAGAUUGGCCCUGUGCUCUCUGUCAGCCAUGGUAUGGGGAUCCCCUCCAUUGCCAUCAUGUUACAUGAGCUCAUCAAGCUCCUCUACCACGCCCACUGCACUGAUGUGACUAUCUUACGCAUUGGAACCUCGGGUGGAUUAGGCCUUGAGCCAGGCACGGUUGUAGUCACCAAGCAGUCAGUUGACGCCACCUUCCUGCCCCGGUUCGAACAAGUAAUUCUUGGGAAGACGGUGGUGCGAAGCACAGACCUUGAUGAAGGGCUGGCUGAAGAACUGCUGCAGUGCAGCAAGGAUCUGGGCCAAUUUAACACGGUUGUAGGCAACACCAUGUGCACCUUGGAUUUCUAUGAAGGCCAAGCACGUCUGGAUGGGGCUUUCUGCUCCUACACAGAGAAGGAUAAGCAGGAGUACCUGACCAAGGCAUACGAGUCUGGAGUUCGCAACAUCGAGAUGGAGUCUUCUGUGUUUGCUGCCAUGUGCAAACUGAGCGGUCUGAAAGCGGCUGUGGUGUGUGUGACAUUACUGGACCGCCAGAAAGGUGAUCAGCUGAACAGUGCUCACGAAGUUCUCCAUAGCUACCAACAACGUCCUCAGAUACUGGUCGGUCACUUCAUCAAGAAGAGGCUCCAAACCUCAGGCUCUUACAAAAGCUAGUCUUUUGUGUUAUGGUCAUGGAGUAGAGCCUCUCGCCAUAAGUGGAAUUCAAGGCAACACUGAUUCAACUCAUUCAAUAUCUCCUGACUUAUUCACGGUAUAUUUCACAACUAUUUAUCAUUUACCAUAUAGAAUAUAAUAUACAUUUAUCUAUAUAUUUUUUAUAAAUUCUGUUUAUGAUCCAUCUUUAAAUAUUUGAAUAUAUGUGUCCUUUCCUUUUCUUCUGCGUUGCAGCUAAGGGUUACCAAAUUAGAAUAGUAAUUAUGAGGAUUACCAAGAACACCGAAGUCUUUUGCUUGAGCACUUUCUAUUUUAACCAAAUAAACCAAUGCUAGGUUGAUAGUGAAGAAUGUUAUUCCAUAUGUUUUUGCAUUGUGUGACAUGAGAAAAUAUAUGCUGAUCUGGUUUGAAUCUGAAGCCUUUUAAGACGGUUUAAAUUAAUCUGUAUGCAGUUUUUGAUCUAUUGUAGUUAUAAAUGUUGAAGAUAAGAUUUUUCUGCUCCUGUACUGUACUGUAACUUGCUAGUUCAAACACUUCAGAGCACUACUUGAUACAGAAGCAAUAAUCACACGUUCCUUAUAUAUUUUCCUGUUACUUAGAAAAUAUAUAACAUGGCACUACUAAUGUUCCCUAAUGAACAAUAAAACAAUUAAAAUACUGCUAAUA